GUGCGACGGGUAAAUAGAAGGACCCCAGGCGUCGCCUCCGAGCGUGGGGGAAGGAGAACCAGGGCCGCGCCGGGCAGAUGGAGCUAGUCGGCGGCUGUUACGAGCAGAUUCUUUUCGGGUUCGCGGUGCGGCCGGGGGAGAACUGGAUGCCUACCCCUGACUUUACCCAUCAUGCUCACACUGCCUCAUUAUCAGCAGUAGCUGUGAAUAACAGAUAUGUAGUCACUGGUAGCAGAGAUGAAACAAUCCAAAUAUAUGAUAUGAAAAAGAAGAUAGAACAUGGGGCAUUGCUGCAUCAUAAUGGCACGAUAACCUGCCUGGAGUUCUAUGGGAAUGCACACUUGUUGAGUGGAGCAGAAGAUGGAUUAAUUUGUAUCUGGGACACAAAGAGAUGGGAAUGUCUGAAAUCCAUUAAAGCACAUAAGGGGCAUGUGACAUCUCUUUCUAUUCACCCUUCUGGAAAAUUAGCUUUGUCAGUAGGAACAGACAAAACACUAAGAACAUGGAAUCUUGUAGAAGGACGAUCUGCCUUCAUCAAAAAUCUGAAGCAAAAUGCACACAUAGUUAAAUGGUCCCCCAGUGGAGAGAAGUAUGUGGUGGUCAUAACUAAUAAAGUGGAUGUCUACAAACUUGAAACAGCAGCUGUCAGUGGUGCCAUCACAACUGAGAAGAGAAUUUCUUCAGUUAGAUUUAUAACAGAUUCUGUACUUGCUAUUGCCGGAGAUGAUGAAGUUAUAAGACUGUACGAUUGUGAUGCACAAAAGUGCCUUUGUGAAUUUAAAGCUCAUGAAAACAGAAUAAAAGACAUCUACAGUUUUGAAAAGGAAGGACUACAGGUUAUUGUUACUGCAUCCAGUGAUGGCUACAUUAAAUUGUGGAGUCUUGAACUCAAUAAGAUCCAGGAUAGACCAUCUUUGCUAUGUGAAGUCAAUACCAAAGCCAGGCUUACAUGUCUGGCGGUAUGGCUAGACAGAACUUCAGAAACCAAAGAGAACCCUGACAAUGCUACAACCUCUUCUUAUGUAAAUGAAGAUGAACAGCCAUUGAUAACUAGGAAAAAGAAAGUUUGUUGGACUGAUAAUAGUGAUAAAUCAGCAAAGGAAGAUAGGCAAGUGAUGCCCAAAAAAAAAAAAUCAGAAGGUGCACAGCAAAAGAAGAAAACGAAACUACAGAACUCAAAAUGAAUGUAACUUCUCUACCAUUCAAAUAAUAAGCUAACAUUAGUAAAUUUUGGUAUCACUGUAACUAUUUUUUACACCUCUCACUUCUACUCAAGGCAUUUUUUGUCUUCUCAACAGGGCACAUAUCUCUGAAACUAUCUUAAUUUUGGGAGUAGAAAAGUUUUCUACAUUGAUAAAUGACCAUUCAGAAUUUUGGAAGGUGGCAAAUCUGAUGGUACUAACUUCUCUUGAAAUAUACCAUUCAGAAGUAAACACAUAAUGUAGUAUAUCUAACAAAUUUUAAUGAUAUCAAGUUUAUUAUAAAAAUUAUCUUUGAGCAGUUCUGAAAUUCAGUUUAAAACUACAAAAAUUGCCGCAGUUCUGUGUUAAUAUAGUUGGAUUUUCUGGUUUUAAUCAUUAAAACUUGGAAAUAGGUUUCAGUGAAAUAUACAAUGAAAAUGUCUGCAGUUAACCAUUUCUAUUGGAUUAUAUAAUUCAGGGUAAACUGUGUUUUAAAUAUACUUACUAGGCUGGAUUUUUUUAGUAAAAAAAUAUGCCUGCGUUUAUCACUUUAAGGGUUAUUUUUAGACAAUCUUAAUAUAUACUCCAUGAUGUCAGAAAAAUAGAACUACCAAAAAUAUCCUUCAUAUAUUCACAAAAAGAAAACUUGUGUUUAACCCUUGAGACAGCAAUGAAAAGAGGGUGUAAAAGCAAACAGUAUAUUUUUUGCCUUCUAAUAUUUCAAGUCUUUAAUUUUAAAAAGACCUGUCUGUGUCCAUAAAUUCAACUCUGUUUAUGUCCUCUUUUUCCAGGAGUUGGUUUACUUGAUUGAAACAAACACUUCGGUAACUUUUAUGCAGGCAUUUUACAAGUAUUUACAUUUACUCUCGAGCUGUUGAAAUGCCAGUGUUAAGAAGUGGGCUAGAACAACUUCAAGAGGUUCUAUAUGUUUUAAAUGUUUAUGUCAAAAGAAAUCUAAUAUAAAUUAGUUAAGUUGGAAAAGCUUAUAUUCAUUUCUUUCCUUCUCCAUUUCUCCCCCCUAAAAAUGUUUAUCAAGUCUGUGCUCUGAGAUUUAUUAUGUAAAACAGAAAGAGUAAUAUUUAUUAUGUACGUAAAGUUGACUCCCUGAUGAACCAUUAUACCAUUGUGCUAAGUA